AUGGCGGCGCCCGUACGGAAGAUUGUCUGCAAACACUCUCCGCAUUUUAGGCAAUUUUACAGAACAAUAUGGAAGGACAGCAUCCGAGGGGGCUUUGUAGGAAUGGUUGGCAAGACACCCCUGAUUCGUCUAGAGAGCUUGAGUAAAGAAACAGGGUGUGACAUCACGGUCAAGGUGGAGUCCGCAAAUGGAGGCGGUUCAGUCAAAGACAGAGCUGCAGCCUUCCUCAUCAAAGAUGCUCUUGAGAAAGGUCAACUGAAGCCAGGAGGCACAGUAGUCGAAGGAACUGCAGGCAAUACAGGCAUCGGCCUUGCUCAUAUAUGCAACGCAAUGGGCUUUAAGUGUGUUAUUUUUAUGCCUAAUACCCAAUCCCAAGAGAAGGUAGACUUGAUGAGAGUACUUGGAGCUACCGUUUAUCCUGUACCAGCCGUGGCAUACACUGAUCCAGAUAACUACAAUCAUCAGGCCAAGAGAUACGCAGAGAGCCUGGAGAAUGCAAUCUGGACCAACCAGUUUGAUAACACUGCAAACCUUAGGGCACAUUACGAGACAACAGGGCCUGAGAUAUGGGAUCAAACUGAGGGGAAAGUUGAUGCCGUUGUUUUUUCAACUGGUACUGGUGGAACAUUAGCUGGUGUUGGGAAAUUUAUGAAAGAAAAGAACCCCAACGUCAAAGUGGUCCUGGCUGACCCACAGGGUAGCGUACUCUUCAACCACGUCAAGCACGGCAAGCUAGAGAGGUCAGAGGGGUCAUCCAUCACAGAGGGCAUAGGUCAGGGUCGGGUCACUGAUAAUUUCAGUGAAGCCCCAGUUGACGAUGCAGUAUGUGUACUGGACACGGAUGCUGUACACAUGACUUUCCGCUUGUUACAUGAGGAAGGUUUCUUUGUCGGUGCUUCGUCUGGUCUGAAUGUAGCUGGAGCAGUGCAGGUUGCUAAGAUGAUGGGCCCUGGUCAUCUGAUAACAACCUGCUUGUGUGACACUGGUCAGAAAUACUAUGCAAGACUCUUCAACAAGGAAUGGUUGGCGAGUAAAGGUCUCCUUGACUGUUUACCAGCUAAGUACCAGUCAACACUUCAUUAACUCAGUGUGCUCAGCCUCAAUGGUUCUCUGCAACUCCUAUCAUUUGGUUUCACUUUUUUUUGUUAAGUUGAAAAUUAUGUCAUGUUUCCGAAUUUGCAGCUGCACACAGCUCUGUGUCCACAAUCUGUGGACAUCCGGAAGUUCUGUACACUUGUAAAAAACCAUAUUCCUCGUCACAAAAAAAAGUAUGUGUAAAUCCACAAAGUGUUUCAAAUUCCUACAUUAUGUGGAUUUUUUUGUUCUCAUGUCCUCGCUCCGUAUAACACUUAAAGGCACUGAACACUAUUGGUAAUUACUCAAACAAA